AUGGGAUCUGAAGAUUCCGAAUGUACCGUUGGUUCCAUUCCUAGCAAGACGCAAUGCAUCCUCACCUAUGGUGGAAAUGAACGAGACAUGAUGAUCAAUUAUGCACUCGUUGCCAUGAACUUGUUGGUUUGCAUCAAAGUGUUGGUGAUUCACAACCACAACAACAGCAAUAGCAAUAGCGUUUUGGACAAAUUUUAUAGACAUGCUACGAGGGCAUUUGCGUUUGUGGUUGCCUUUCAGAUUGUCUUGUGUUUGAUUCUGGGAUGCAGUGGAAUUUCGAUUGUUUGGUGUUCGAUGGCCGGAUGGAUCAUGAGUCAAAAACGGCAAAUGAUUCUUUCGUUGGAUGAGAAUGACGAGGAUGAGGAUGAGAAUGAUCAUCAUCAUCAUCAUCAUCGCCAUGAUUCAACGGCUGGUUCGUCCGGCAUGACUCAUGAGAAGCUGGCCAAAAUGGCACAAUGGGCAAUCCUCUUGGAUUUGGGCGCACUCGUCUAUUAUUUGGUGGUGUCCGAAAUCAUUACCACCAUUGCUCAUGGUUGUGCCCUUGUCAUGGGGGCUUGUCUCUCCCAACUCGUGAAUAAGCAUUCCGGUGUUAUUACUACUACUAGAACCAUCACGAAUAGUAGUAGUAGCGAGACUACCGACGGCACAAACGAGGAACCGCUUUUGGAGACCACGAAUCAAGGAGAGCGACUUUGA